AUGUUGAACACAUACGCUGUUUCGGCUCUGGCCCUCGCUCUCGGUGCCAAUGCCCUCGUUGCUAGGGACGGCAACUGCUGCUUCCACUUGACCGCAUCUGGCGGAGAGUCUGGUACUGUAGGCCAACUGUCUGAUGGACAGAACAGAAUUGGGGGUGGUCUAUCUCCUGCUACCUAUUGCAUUGACUCUAAUGGUGGUCUUACUGACGGGAAUGGCCGCGGAUGUAUUCUUACGCCUCCAACCACCCAAUUUCAAUGUGAUUCCGGUGCGACGCCUACUGGCGGAUUCUCAGUCGGAUGUGACGGAAGCGUUUCAUACAAUGGCAAUUCCAAUUUCCAGGCCUGCCCUACGGGUGAGAAUGGAGAGUACAACAUCUACACCACUGCGCCCUCUGGUCAAGGAGGUUGUGUCACCAUUACUCUCAAUGCUGAUAGCUGCCACUCCGGCUGCCCUCCGCCCCCGCCAAAGCAAUGUCCGGCCGAUCUCUCUGGCACUUUUGAGUUCCCUCACUUGAUCGUCCCCAUCGACAAGAGCAACCCUGAUAAAGCAUACGGGACGUCGUACAAUGGAGAGGUCACGCCCACCAUUUCGUCCAUUUUCAACUUUGACAUUCCCGCCUCCGACUCGGGCAAGACGUGUACACUUGUGUUCCUAUUCCCGAAACAGAGCGACUUGCAGACGUCGUCAUUCACUUUCUCCGGAAGCGGCCAGAUCGACUUCAGCUCGCUGGCUACUACUGCCACUCAACAGACUACAUACAACAAUGCUCCCAAGGUUUCAAAGGAUCUGGGCGUCUUCACUGUCUCUCCUGGCAAUAGCUAUACCAUUAGCACAUUCAGCUGCCCUGCCAACACAGCAAUCAGCUUCGAGCUCAGCACAAGCUCCGACACGAACCUUAACUACUUCCAGGACUACAACCCCUCGCCAAUCGGUCUCUACAUUACCGUCUGUUAA